AUGUCAACUCGCGUACCUAAAGAAGAGCUUUCGAUACUUGAAGCCUUAAUUAACAUAAGAAAUCGUCUACAGGCUUUAAAAAAGGAUCAGCAGAAUUAUGUAAAGGUGCAGGCGGUUACAAAGAUUUAUGACGAGGUCACGGAACAAGUUACAAAAUUAAAUGAUAUUCGCGAGAGUGCUGCAGAACCUCCAGCAAAGGACAAUCGCGUCAACGAUGUGCUUGACGAUGUUUUCCAGCUGCUUUCUUUAUUCUUUAUCACGAUUGGAAAAAGCAGGGAAAGUCCGGCGACUCAUGCACAACUUGCCACGAUCAAGCAAUGUUUAGAACAUCUUAACGAAUCCGGUGCAUAUACGAAAAAUGAGCUAUUAGCACAUCAAAAUCGUCUAAACGAAAUUAGAAACAUUAUAGAUGCUGGACGGGAUGAGGUUAUACCAGAACCUCAAAUGAAAUUAUUGAAGAAGAAGCUUGUUGCAUGCGAAACGGUACUGAAUCAACUACUUGAAUCUGUGUCAAAUAUGAGCGAAGAACUUGUGCCCAUUCAUCAAUCCCUGGUAGAUAUCAAGAGAAAUCUUGGUGCUAUAGGGGCCAAAAGCGAAUUUGUGAUUUCUGAUAUCAUACCAUAUCAAAAUAAACUAAGAGACAUUGAUUCUAAACGCGUGGAUGGCAAGUUUUUGUCAUCUAAUGGAAAUAUACCUUCAGGGCAAGCACAAGUUAUUGGGUUACUAGAGGAAUGUUAUGAAGAUGCGCACGAAUUAAUUGCUAGCCAAAAUAAUGUGGCAGAAUUCUUAAGACCAUUAUAUGAUCGUUUGAUCGAUUUAAAAUCACAACUCGAACGUCUGGUGCUUACACAUCGGUGGUCGUUGCGUGAAACUGAUUUAUGGUCUUAUCAGUUACAACUAACAAAGAUUGAUAGUAUGAGAAAGGAUGGUAAAUUUUAUGAUGAUGAAGGAAAUGUUCCAGAAGGACAGGCGAUAUUAAGUUCCAGUGAACCUAUUGCUGAACCUCUUAUACCAAUUCAUAAUCAACUUCGAACUGUGAGAAAACUCUUACUUGAGGUCAAAAAAUUAGGUGGCCCAUUUACAAACAGAGAAUUAUAUCAUUAUCAAAUGAAACUUGCAUCUAUUGACAAUCUUCGCACAGAUGGUAAGUUUCUAGACACAGAUGGAUCAAUACCGGAAGGACAAGGUAUUGUUAUGGCUUUGUUGAAUGAAUGUUAUGACAUUUUGUUUGAAAUGAAAGCUGACGUGGAAGAGGAGGUUUAA